AUGACGGAAUACAAACUGGUUGUUGUGGGCGAUGGUGGCGUCGGCAAAUCGGCCUUGACCAUUCAGCUUAUCCAGAAUCAUUUUGUCGAAGAAUAUGAUCCGACAAUUGAGGAUUCCUAUCGCAAGCAGGUGGUAAUUGAUGGUGAAACGUGUCUUCUGGACAUCCUGGAUACUGCGGGGCAGGAGGAGUACAGUGCAAUGCGUGACCAGUACAUGAGGACCGGUGAAGGCUUUCUACUGGUAUUUGCAAUCAAUGAAGCGAAGAGCUUUGAAAACGUUACGCAGUAUCGCGACCAGAUACGGAGAGUCCCAAUGGUGCUGGUGGGCAAUAAGUGUGAUUUGGCGCAAAGGAUGGUCGAGACACGAGCUAUAAUGGACGCAUCUCGCUCGCUGGGGAUGCCUGCGGUUGAAACAUCCGCAAAAACUCGUAUGGGUGUCGAUGACGCUUUCUACACGCUUGUCAGGGAAAUACGUAAGCAUAAAGAGAGGCAGUGUGUUAAGCCGCGAAAGAAGCGUAGAUGCACAAUCAUUUGA